AUGUUGGCGGCAACACCUUCACCAUCUUCCUUUUUCCGAUCUGUUCGGAAGUCUUUUCGAAGGUAUGGUAGAGCAUUUUUUAUGAUGGAAGAUCUUAUGUUUUUGAUUGUGUGGCUUGAGAAAAAGGUUAAAUUUCUGAUUAAUUGCAAUUUAACUUUUUUUUAUGUAAUUGGAAAAAAUGCACUUCGAAGUUCAAAUUUCACUUAUUUCUGAAAUUCCAUGAUUGUUCUCUCACAAAAAUGUUUUGUUUGAAGUACUAGGUUGGAAAACUGAAAACCAUAUCUUAAUAAUUUUUUUUACGGUUUCAAAAUUUUGCAAAAAAUUGUUCUGUUUUUCUUCAAGUCCCUGAAUAUUCUACAAACUCUCCCUGCCGAACUCGAACAUAUUUCACAAUUCUUGAAUACUCCAGGUCAAAACCAAAUCACUGAUGUUCUAUUGAUCAUUCUCAAAUCAAAUAUGUACAUUUUCCAUGCGGAUAGAAUAUUUUCGUAAACAUUUAAAUCCAAGUGCAUUUUCAAAUAUUAUGCAUAUUCAUUUUUUCUCAAGAAAAUGUCUAGAAUAUUUUUUUUUGAAAAUCUGUGUAGAUAAAAAAGAAUCUCAUCAGUUUUUUGUUCGCACAAAAAAACCGAUUUCAAAAUGAAAAAUUGCUGUUUUGCACGCGAUUCCUGACAGUGAUUUUGAUCUUUUUUGUUUUCUCUUUCCAAAAAACUUCAUUCUCUAUCUAUAUUCAUCUAUGUUCAUAUGAUUCAUAAAAAUAUGUGAUAAUCAGUUCAUGAAAUGUAAAUUUGAGAAAACCGCCGAAUUUUGAAAAAAAAAGCAGCGUAAAAUUGUUAUUUUUGCAGGCAUCGAAGCGUUCGAAAACGUGGAAUGGCGCAUGCAAGUUCAGGAAUCAAUUUGGAGGUGAGUAUUUUAUUCAUAAAUAUUUCAAAAUGGCAAAUUUUCAAUGCGGCUCUAUUAGAGGGUGGUUUAACCCAGACUGCGCGUUUUCUAGUGUUUUUCAUUGUUUUUUUUGUAAUUUUGAUCUUUUGAUAUUUCGCAUCAAAAAUCAUAUUUAUGUGAAAUGAAUGUAAUAAAUAUUCCCCGAGUCCCAAAUAAACUGAUCAAAAUAUAUUUAUAACUGUACUUUCACACAAAGAAAUUCUUUGAAUAGUUCAAAGGGAUCAAAAAAUGAUACAUUUUUGAUAUUUCUAAAAUUAUCUUCUAGAUUUUCAGAGACUAACUAACUGGAAAACCAAGUUUAUAAGUCAAGUAUCAAAGUAACAUAUUUUCACAUUCAAAACCCCCCAAAAAUACCUGGUAACAAAAAAUUGCAUGAUAAAACGACAAGUGCAAAAACCAUAAAAAUACAUAUCAAAUGAAUAUCCAAUUUUACUCUCCUUUCGAAAUAAAUAACAUUUUCUCAAUUUUUCGUCUACCUAUCUACAUACUUUUUUUUUCUUUUUUUCGUAUUUUACCGACAUUUGGACGUAAUGAGCUUCUUCUUCUUCUUUUUGCACCAAAUGAUUUAUUCGUGUAUCAUCAUCAUCAUCUUAUUUUUCACUCACCUCACAUAUAAUACAUUUUGUGAACAACAGAGCAAUUGUUGUUUUCAACAAAUUUCGUUUCAAAUUUGAAAUUUUGAAUUUUUUCUAUUUAAAAAAAUAUUUUUUGCAUUCUAGUGAAAAUUUUAGAAAAAUCAAAAUUGGCCCAUAUUGAGUUGAUUUUUGUGAAGUUUUUAACUCCGACCAGUCUUCAACGUCCAAUUAAAAAAAAAUUCUAUUUUUAUUUUUCAAAGUCCAUAUGGUCGAUUAGUUUCUUGUAAAUAUUUUACUGUGUGAUAUAAUUUUCUAUGAAAAUUUCCCCUUCCUGAUUUCAAAAAUUCUAGUUCUAUGAUUUUAUGAAAAAAAAUGUUCCCACGAACUUUAUCCUCAAAGCCAAUUUUUUGGAUAAUCCCGUUCAAAAACCAGCAUUUUUCAUUAUUAGUUAAUUUUGUUCUCCCUAAAAUUUUUCAACAUUAAUGUUAAUAUUACACUGACAAAAAACAUGACAGAAUCUGUGCCAAACAACAUAUAACAACACUUGUGAGCAGCUAUUCUUCUUGUCAAAAAAAAUAUUUUUUCUUACAUUAGUUUUUAAAAAAAAGUUUCAUUUUUUUGUUUAUUUAUGUACAAACAAACAAUUUUGCUUUUUGAAAAUUCUCAACAAAAAAACAAUUUUAUAAUCGGUGGUCAACAUUUUUCUUUUGAAGUGAAAAGUAAAAUUUUUUGGCUGAUUGAAUUAGUGAAAAUCUUCAAAAAUGUUGGAUAUUCUUGUUGGUUCCAUUUUUCGUAUACUAAUUUCUCGAAUUUUUUUUAUCUCUUUGUUUUGAUCAAAAUUUAGAAUUUUUUGAACAUCCAAUUUUUUUGUAUAGCCGUGAGAAUUUGAAAAAUUGGAAUUUGUUUUCAUAACUUUUCAAUUCAAUGAAUAUGCACUUUUCAUAAUGAAUCAUUUUUGAAAACUCAAGUUCUGAAAAAUUAGAUUUUGUGUUUUUUUUUUAAAUUUUUUUUUUCAAAAAUUAGUGAUUUUUGCAAAACAAAAAAAAUCACUUGAAUUCUGUUCAGAAUUUUUUGAAUAAUCAUGAAUUGGAAAAUUAUGGUUUUUUAUUUAGUAAAAAGUGUUAUUUUAAUUAUCUAUAUUAAUUAAAAAUUAUUGAAUUUUCAAUUUGAAACAAAGACUAAACCUUCAGAAAUAUCUCAAAUGAUAUGAAGAGUAGAGAUGCCUCAUAGUUUUAAGGCAAACAAACUAUUAUUUCAAAAAAUUUACUGUUUCUGAUUCUUGUUUUGCUUUUUCUUUCUCUCUCUUGUUUAUUUCUGAUACUAUAUGAACUUCUAGUUAUCCACAUAUUUGGAAUUACAAAAAAGGGUCGUUAAACGUCAACCCAAAUUCACCGUCAACAAUUUCAUCAUCACAACUCAAUAAAAUGCACAAAAUGAGUGCAACCGAACGUCGUCAACGAAUAAUGCGUCGAAUACACACAUUACAAUCUGAAGAGACCGGAUAUAGCAAUGAUGGUGAUUCAAGGCGAAGUAGUACAGCUUCAGUCAAAGAUGAAGUUCAAACACCGGCUGCCUCAAUUAAUCCCAACUUUUUGUUUGCUCCAGACGCUAGAAGUUUAGGUUUGGAUCGAGGAGAAGUUCCGCCUCAUAAACGGGUAUUGUUUUGUGAAUUUAGAAAAAAAACGUAGUAUAGACCUUUAAUUUCCUAAUGUUUUUUCUUUGAAAUUAUUGAUUUUGAGAUGUUUUUCAAUUUCAAAUCUUGAUUAUAUUAUUCAAAUAUCAUAUUCAUUUUUUUAUUUGAUUUUUCAAAAUCCAUCUCAAGUCAGUUCCACAAAUUCAGCCUCAGUUUCUCCAGAUUUAUCCUAGAAUAAAAACUCAAGGAAAAUAUAAUGAACAUGAGUAAACACAUCCGUUUUCCAUCAAUUUUUAGAGUUGCAGAGUUCUUUUCUCCUUUUUUUAUUCCACCAUUUAUUUUUUGUUCUUUAUUUGGCGGCGUACGCGCUGAACAGGUGGAAUAGGAAAUUAUAUUGCAGCUGAAUUAUAGAUUACUGUGGGUUUUUUUGCAUUGGUCUUUUGUGAGAGUGGUUAAAUAUAUCCAACUUCCUGAUUUGAUUAAAUUUUGAGUGGGAGGUUUGGGUUGCAUUUUUAUUAUAUUGAUCACAUCAAAUAACUUCGCCAAAAUCAGUUCUCUGCUGAAAAAUAUUCAACGAUUUCCAGAUUUCCAAAAAUGUUUCAACCAUUCUUCUCCCAUUCAGCAUGAUCAAAAUAGCCAUUUCUCAACAUUUUCUCAACUCAAAACAAAUUAAUUCUCUCUAAACGUCUUCCGGGUCAUACUAAUUCCGGUCACUCACUAAGCAACUCCCUCGCACUUUUUUCGUUCAGAAAAUAGACAUUUUUGAGCCCCGCAACAUUUUCUCAACGAUCAAAGUUCCUUUUUUCAACACAACGAGGAAAAAAUUACAUUUUUUUGUCUUGGGAGAGGAGAAAUCUGAAUAACUAAAUAAAUCAUGAUUUUCCCAUAGAAAAAGUACAUUUUGCGGAAUUCUCUGUUUCCAAAAAUUUCCCACCUUUUUCAUUUUAUUUCAUUUUCUUCUCAAUUUCGGAUCCAAUUUCCAUUAUUUGAUCGAGUUUACGAUAACCAAAGACGUAGUAUUUUUUUUUCAUCUUCAUAGUAUUUUAUUUAUCUAUAAAUACAUUUUAUUUUUUUUCUGCCAGGAAAAAUAUAGAAACAGGAAAAAUAAUAUUGGCAAUCAUUAGUAUGAUUGCUUGCUUGGUUGGUGUGAAAAAAAUGAGAAAUUAAAAAAAAUGAGGGGGUGUGAAAGGCGACACAAAAUUGUCGUUGAGGCGCGCGGCGCGAUGAGCAAAAACAAUAUAGAAAUUUCCAGGCAUACGCGUCUAAUUAUUCUUCUCCGUUUCAUUAUUUUAUUCAUUCAUUCAUUCAUUCAUUCAUUUCAUUUCAUUUCAAUUCACAUUUCAGUUUUAUUUUAGUUUGUCUUCCAGUCAUUUGAGAAGCGCGCCAAAGUUUUUAGCCUGAGUUAGAGCAAAGUGUUUGAUUCCAAGGUUUUCCAAAAUUAAAUAUAAUUUUUUUUUAGGAUGCCAUUGAGAAAAUCCCAAUGCGCGCGAGAUCUCAGAGUUGGUUAAUUCGGACGAGGCAUCUUCUCCACGAGGAGCGGGUGAGUUUUGGGGGAAAAAUGGUUUUCUGAUUUUUUGUGAGGUUUAGUUAUUUUCUUGUUACACUUUUUGGAAAAAACGAAAAAUCAUAUCAAAAUUUCGAAUUCCAUAUACUUCAAUAAUCCACCUUUCAAAAUCAUUUUAGGAGCCUCCUCCGUUGAUCUCCCACAUGAUGCUUAUUUUUUCACUUCUCCUAAUUAUUCUCUCAUUUCCCUGGUGUUUGUUUUUCUGUGUUAAAGUCGUCAAGUAAGUUAUUCCCUUUCCAUCUCGCAUCAAAUAAAUAUUCGUGUUUUUUCAAGAGAAUACCAGCGUGCCGUUAUAUUCCGACUUGGUCGAUUAAUUCGAGGCGGAACCAAAGGACCUGGUCUAUUUUUUGUUUUGCCAUGCAUCGAUACAAUGAAGAUUGUGGAUCUUCGAGUUUUAUCAUUCGAUGUUCCACCGCAAGAAAUUUUGAGUCGUGAUUCAGUGACAGUUUCUGUGGAGGCGGUUAUUUAUUUCAGAGUUUCAAAUCCGGUACGUUGAUUUUUUGGUUUUGAAUAGAAGACUCUUGCAGUUUUCAAUUAAUAUUCUUGGUGACAUUUUUAUUUUAAAAAAAUUAAUAGAAACUUUUUUCCAUUGAUUUUUGUCAACAAGAGUUGAAAACACGCAGAAUUCAAACUCCAGUUUUCAAAAUAUUUUUUCAGGUCAUUUCUGUGACAAAUGUCAAUGAUGCCCAAUUCAGUACCCGUCUAUUAGCGCAAACUACUUUGCGAAAUGUUCUCGGUACAAAAACGUUGAGUGAAAUGCUCAGUGAAAGAGAUGCGAUUGCUAGUGUAAGAAUUUUUUCCAGAUUUCCAGAAAAAAAACUCAUUCAUUUUUUCAGAUCUCUGAAAAAGUUCUUGAUGAAGGAACAGAUCCUUGGGGUGUAAAAGUGGAACGAGUCGAGAUCAAAGAUAUCCGACUUCCACAUCAACUUAUGCGAAGUAUGGCAGCUGAAGCUGAAGCUGUGAGAAAUGCUCGAGCUGCAAUUAUAGCAGCUCAAGGAGAGAAAGAGGCUAGCUUAAACUUGCAAGCAGCUGCAAAUACAAUUUGUGAAAACAAAAUGACCAUUCAAUUGAGAUAUUUGCAAACAUUGACAAAAAUCUCGGCUGCCAGAAAUAACACUAUAGUUUUUCCAUAUCCCGUCGAAGUUGCUAAACAUUUUUUGAAAAAAUUCAAAACAAAAAGUUAA